UUGCUUGCAGUAACCAAAUUCCUCAGUCUCCAUUUUUAGAACCAGUAAAUACAAAUAGGGUUUCAAUUUAGGAACAAAAAUGAUUUCUCUGCAACCCUAAUUUAACUCCUUUCCUUUUCAAAUUUCAAUUUAUCUCAAAAAAAAAAAAAAAAAAAAAAGCUCUGUGGAAAUCACCGUACUGGAUAAAUUAUUAUUUUUUAUUCACAAAUUUUCAUGAAAUUUUUCAUGACUUAUGAAUGGAAAUUAACUUCUUCUCCGUCACCGGCGCCGUCACGUUUAUCUGUUGCGUUUUCGCCACGUCAGCAGCUUUUAUAACUCUCCGAUCAAAAAAAUCAGUAAAAUCGAACGGUGGAGAGGAAACGACGACAUCGCAUUUGAUUAACGGUGGAGAUAUGGUUGAGAAGUUGACUGGGGCGUCGAUGAUGGAACAAUUAGUACCUGAGAUAACGACACAUGCGUUGAGUUAUUUGGAUUAUCCGAGUUUAUGUAGGUUAUCUAUGACUAAUUCACUUAUGAGGAAAGCUGCUAAUGAUGAUAAUGCUUGGAAAGCUCUUUAUCAUAAGGAUUUCACAUUGGAGCAGGAUUCUGUGACUCCAAUUAAUGGAUGGAAGGCUUACUAUGCAGCUACAAGAGCCAUUAUGAAUGUCAAUGCCGAGUUUUUUAAAAUUAUUAAAGAAAGAUCAGUCCCAGCUAUGGAGCGUUUUUGGCUCAAUGCAGACUAUGUGAAGUGUUUUCAUGCCUCUGGGGAGUACUUUACAGGUUAUAAUGCAGUCAUUGGCAGCUGGCAGCUGGCUUUUAACUGGGAGCAAAAUGUUGAUGUCGAAAUUAGAGACGUAAAGGCAAGGGUAAUGACAGAUUUAGCUUGGGUGACUAUGAAAGCUUAUCUUAAUAUGGGAUCAGGUAAUGUGACUAAUGUGUUUGAAUUCCAUAAUGGGAGAUGGUACAUGGUCCAUCAUCACUGCUCAGUGAUGCUCAUUCAUGGAGGUGCAGGACAACAAGUUGUGCAGGGAUAGAGAUUAAACAAGGCAACUGUGAAGAAGAUUGAUUAUUCUUUAGAAAUUGGAAAGUGGUAUAGAGAUCGUCUAUAGUAGGUUUGAUUUCGUCUGGAACCUUCAUAAAAUUAUCUUAUGUAGUUUCUGCUUCCCCCCUUGUCUUUUCUCCGCCAAAAAUCUCAGCUUCAUCUCUUUGGUGGUUUAGAAAAAUCUAUAGUUUCUUGCCACCGAUUUUUGCUUCGCUAACUUUCUUGGUAUACAAAUGCACAGUUUGAUUUGUCAAAA